AUGGUUCGUCUUGUUUCUGCUGUUGCAGCUGGCCUUUUCGGCCUCGCUACUGUUGUCGCUGGUCAUCCGGGCCACGACGUCCAGGCUGAGGCCGCGGAGCGCGCUGCUUUCUUGCGCAAUGCUCCCAUUCACGCGCGCAGCCUUGACCUGUGUGCCGCGAAGCUCAAGGCCCGGGGCCAUGAGCGCCGCAGCGUGGCUCGUCGCGAGACUGCGGUCAAGAAGCUGCGCCAGCGCCGCGGUCUACAAACCAAUGCCCGCUUCCUCAAGGCCCGCGACCUGAGCUCCACCCUCAACACCUCGCACCACUCGAACCUGACCAACGUCAGCCCUUCCACCGAUCCCCAUGUUUUGUUCGGAUCUGAGGCGACCUGUAUCCUGGGGCCGGAUGUGACCCAAGGACCGUACUACGUCUCGGGUGAAUUGAUUCGCGAGAACGUUGUCGAGAGCCAGGAGGGCGUUCCUCUCUACAUGGAUAUCCAGCUCAUCAACACCAAGACCUGCGAGCCUCUUCCUGACAUCUUUAUGGAUUUCUGGCACUGCAACUCUACUGGCGUCUACUCCGGCGUCGUCGCCAAUGGCAACGGCAACUCCGACGACGAGAAGAAUCUCGACUCGACCUUCCUCCGCGGCGUGCAGCCCAGUGACAGGGACGGCGUGGUGCACUUUGAGUCCAUCUUCCCGGGACACUACACCGGCCGUGCUACCCACAUUCACGUGCUCACCCACCCCAAGAACGAAACCAAGGUGUUGGGCAACGACACCAUCACCGGCCUGUACACAUCUCGCUCCUCGCACGUGGGCCAGCUCUUCUUCGACCAGGACCUGAUCUCCGAGGUCGAGAAAGUGGAGCCGUACUCCUCCAACACCCAGGAACUGACCACCAACGCCAAGGACAGCAUUCUCGCCGAGGAGGCCGACACCAUCGACCCGUUCAUGGAGUACGUGUACCUGGGCGACAAGGUCUCGGAUGGUCUGUUUGCUUGGAUCUCUGUUGGCAUUGAUCCUUCCAAGGAUACUGAGGUUACCCCUGCGGCUUACUAUACUGAGGAGGGCGGUGUUGAGAAUGAAAACUCCGGUAUGGGGAUGGGUGGUCCGCCGCCUGGUGCUUCGGGUGCUUCGUCGUCUGGGGCUGCGCGGGCUACGCGUCGGGCGGUUUAG